GGCUGCACAUUUGCCCAAGGUGCAGCAGGGAUUUCCAGAGAAGGGAAUAAGGCCGCUUUUAUGGUGGAAAUCUUCGGCGCUACAAAUCUCAAGGUCUCUGACGGGAAUAAGCUUCCUUACCCGAUCGUGGUCGUGCAAUUUGGGACCCACCAGGAAAGGAAAACUGGAGUUAGCCACCAAACACUAAAUCCAACGUGGGAAAAGGAAGAACAUGAAUUCUUCAUCGAAAGCUGGGGCAGGUCAAAUUUUCUAGUUUUGAAAGUGAAAAACGUGAUUGAACCUUCCACGGAGCUUGGGUUCGUCGUCGUUGCUGUCAAUGAGUAUAAAAAAAAUCCCUACCAUAAAUUUGAUGAGCCCUUCGUUUGCAACGAUCCAAUACCAGGCCGCUUACGAUUCGCCAUCACCAUGAAACACUCUGACCCCCUUCAUACGGUUGACGAACCACGCCCGAGCAAUGCUGGGGCCGAGGCCGAGGCUGAGACUGAGGCUAUGGCGCGGACUGUCCCAUUGGAGAUUAUGGCCAGUAAUGCAGCUGUUGGUUACGAGUCACCCUCCGCUGCUACGACGUCGAAGUUGAGGAGGUCUAGCAGUUAUACAGACUUAAAAAGGGUGCCGUGGAGGUCGUAUAUUAUGAAACCAGGCAAGGGAAGGAAAGCAAAGCACGGCAACGAAACGGCAGAGAUAGAACAGCCACAGGCUGCCACUAGAGAGGCUCGUGGGAAGCGUGAGAUUGUUGACAUGCCCUCUGAAUGGUAUCCCGUUGGUGCCAUCGCCAUUUGUCGUCCAGGACCGUCGGUGCCUUCGCAGGACAUUAACGCAACAACGAUCAAACCCAAAUCACCUGAAGUUGACGAAAAUGGUGCGCACCGACAUGAACGGCCAGAGCGGAGGGCCCCGGAGGUAACCCGAGUGAUAGACGCACCCAGAGAAGGUCGGCUUGAGCCCAUGAACAUUUCGUCGAAUUUAGUGGAUAAUCUGCAAUUGAAUCGACCUGAGCAGUUCGAAGGUGCAGGUGCAACGCCAGGAGUACGGGAUUCUGGAAGCCAAGUCUCGCUUUCCUUGAGUGGCCCUCAGGAUGAAACAGUUGUGGCCAAUGUGGACAAGACACUCAUCAUUGGUGCAAACGUUCAACGGCCUGAUUCCAAAUUGCCAUUGCAACACCCAGAAAAGCCCCCUGGGAGCAAUGAAACUUGGAAGCAGAAACUUAAAAAAUUGAAGAAGUCGUGUGUGAACCGUAUAACGAAAAAGAAUAAGAAGAAAGGUGAUGCUUCGAAUGGAGUAGAUCCCCGUUCUGGGAAGCUGGGACGCACCAGCGGCGAUCCUGCACAGGUGUUUCACUGAGAUUAAGACGAGGGUACACCAUUAACGGGAUUCGCGUCUACCGAAACUACUGGUCCGAGUCGCAUGACUAGCAAUGGCGGUGCGCCUGGGAGUGCACAUGGAAACACUAACGUGCAGGGCAAAGUCAAUGCCGGCACUGAUAGCGGUGCUCCAGGUAGCCAGUCCGACAGACGUACUUCGGCAGGCGGACGGAUGAAGGACGUUUGAGGUCGCAUGGGUCGGUCUUCGCAGCCCGAGUCUUCACCGCUGCAGUAAUGGAGUUCAAAGUCGAUAUAUAUUAGCGGUUGAUACGGUUUUUUUAGACCAAUAUCAAUAGCUGGAAUGUGAGAGUGGUCAGAGUUUCUGACUUGUAAUAUCAGACCAGUGCGUGCAAGAUGCGUUGCCAUUUUCAGAGGAGGUGUGGCACCUACGCCUUCGUGAUUGUUGUUUGCAUGAGUUCCUACGCUGUCUAGCUCCUCAUCAUCCAGCGGUGGAGGAGUCUUUGUUCGUAUUUAAGCCCCAUUUGAUCACCACCACGCCGCAGUUGAGGGCUCAACAGCCCUCCGCAGUUGCAGGGGAACGACUAAACUGUUCUCACCUGCGAACGGUAUCAUCGAAUUCUCAAUAUUGGAAAGUUCCGACUCAACAAAGCAUUGGACCUUUCGCGGCGUUCCUGACCCAUCCAAAUCUUGCGUUUCGCUACUAUCCACAUGGACAGGAGUCUUCCACCGACAGUUCAUGGAAUGUAGGAGUCGUCGUGCACACCUCGCAGCAGGGAAUCUCAAAUUACCAGCCAGCCAGCGAAACCGGGCGCAAAGCUUCUGGGCGUGGCUCGACAGGAGCUGUGUAAGGGCGAACCGUGAUCAUCAAGUCGAACAGUGAACUGGCAGAGCACAGACACGGAGACGAAGCAGAUUACAAAAGCCAGUUUGGAGCCGUCGAGUGUAGAAGAGACUGCAUCGAAGCACCGUCCAUCUCGCGGGGACAUGACAAGACAGCUCAGAUUCAUCACGGGAUGACGAGUUGGCGUAGAAGUUCAGUGUCUUCUGCACCUAUACAAACUUCUAUGCAAGUUAGCCACAUGCUAAUUAUGGCAUUGCCGGCAGAAGCCAAGUGUACAACCUGCUUGGUAGAAGAAAGAAGAAAGAGAUGGUGAUUGUACCAAGUAUAACAAUUUCUCACACUUCACGUUAUUUCAUCAUGCGUGACCCCCAAGCACAAGAAAAGUGCACAAUUCCGUAGCAUGACCACAAAGGCAGUUAGUGGUUUUUAAGAUGAUCCUUCAUUGCCAUGCAAACAACUCACUCCAUCUAUGCAUGGUUUCAUUUACUAUAUUUUCAUAUCUUG